GUUAUUAUCUUCUGUCCAAAACCCUCUCCCCCUGCAGAGUCUCUCUCUCUCUCACUCCUCUCUGUGACAGAAAACCCUAAUUUCUUCUUGGGUUUACUCAGAGCGAAAACCCUAGCAAGAUGAAUCUCCUCUUCCGGAGAUCCGCAUCAAUGGCUUCCAUGCCAUGGAGGUAUCCCCUCACGGCGCUCAUUUCAGUCGAAUCGACUCAUUUUUCUCCCUCUCAAGCGGCGGUGAACGUCAUUUCUGGUGAAAAUAUUCGAUCUCUUUCGGGCUUUGCGGCUUCCGAGAAGCUAGGUUUCGGUUCCCGCAGCAGAGAUUUCCAUUUCUCUGCCGGGGCGCUGGGUUUCAAGGCUUCCGAUGUUGCUCGGGCGGAAUACGCGGUCGAUGAGUUCUUGGAUGAGGAGAAAGGGAGGAAGGUUGCAGGAGAUGUAGACGAGGGGCUUGAGAUUGCCAAGCUCGGGAUUGCUGAAGAGAUUGUCUCGGCGUUGGCGAAGAAAGGGAUUACAAAGCUCUUCCCAAUUCAGAGAGCGGUGCUGGAACCAGCAAUGCAGGGGCGUGACAUGAUUGGUCGGGCCAGAACAGGAACGGGGAAAACUCUCGCUUUUGGAAUCCCCAUCAUUGACAGAAUAAUUCAGUUCAAUGCUAAGCAUGGGCGUGGAAGAAAUCCUUUAGCAUUGGUAUUGGCACCCACCAGAGAGCUUGCUCGGCAAGUUGAGAAGGAAUUCAGAGAAUCUGCCUCAAUCUUAGAUACAAUAUGCGUUUAUGGGGGUGUGCCCAUAUCAUCUCAGAUGAACACCCUUGAUUAUGGUGUUGAUGUAGUUGUUGGCACGCCUGGUCGCAUUAUUGACCUGCUCAAGAGAGGUGCUCUAAAUUUGUCAGAGGUGCAAUUUGUCGUUCUAGAUGAGGCUGAUCAGAUGCUUGCUGUCGGAUUUGAUGAAGAUGUCGAGAUAAUUUUGGACAAGUUACCUCAGAAGCGUCAGAGCAUGUUGUUCUCAGCCACAAUGCCAAGCUGGAUAAGAAAGCUAACACAUAAGUACCUCAAAGAUCCAUUAACUAUUGAUCUUGUUGGUGAUUCUGAUCAGAAGUUGCCAGAAGGAAUCACUUUGUACUCUGUAGCAUCAGACAUGUAUGGGAAGGCAUCAAUUAUUGGGCCUCUAAUAACAGAACAUGCCAAAGGCGGGAAAUGCAUUGUUUUCACUCAAACAAAACGUGAUGCGGAUCGCUUGGCAUAUUCUAUGGGACGCAGUUACAGUUGUGAAGCUUUACAUGGGGACAUCUCACAGAAUCAGAGGGAAAGGACUCUUUUGGGCUUUCGAGAUGGGCGUUUCAAUAUAUUAGUUGCUACAGAUGUUGCUGCCCGUGGGCUGGAUAUACCAAAUGUUGACUUGGUGAUACAUUACGAGCUUCCGAGCACUUCUGAGCUCUUUGUUCAUAGAUCUGGGCGAACAGGACGCGCUGGUAAGAAAGGAAGUGCAAUUCUCAUUUAUACAGAACAACAAACCAGAGCUGUCAGGGUCAUUGAGCGUGAUGUUGGGUGCAAGUUUAAAGAGCUCCCUAGGAUUACUGUGGAAGGUCAAGACAUGUUCGGAGACAUGGGUGGCGGCCGAUUUGGUUCCUAUGGAGGUGGGCGUAUGAGUGAGUCAGGUUUUGGUCGUUCUGGAUUUGGCCGCUCUGGCGGCUUUGGUGGUGGUUCAUCAGGUCGUAUGGGUGGAUAUGGUGAAUCUGGGUCGGGUCGUUUUGGUUCCUUUGGUGGAUCAGGUUCGGGUCGAUCUGGUGGGUUUGGGGAUUUCGGACAAGGCCGUUCUGGUGGCUUUGGAGGUUCUGGAUCCAGCCGCUCUGGUGGUUUUGGUGACUUUGGUUCAGGCAGUUCUGGUGGUUUUGGUGGAUCUGGUUCGAAGCGUUCCAGCGGUUUUGGGGACUACAGUUCAGGGAGGUCUAGUGGCUUUGGAGAUUCUGGUUCAGGCCGUUCAGGUGGCUUUGGUGACUCCGGUUCGAAUCGUUCGAGCCGUUUUCGUCGUUUUGAUGGCUCUGACAAUGAUGGUGCUGCUGAUGAUCGGCGGCCUGGGAGGAAAUCAUUUUGACUUUGUUCAAGUUCGAUGUUGGGGUCUACUGAAUGAACGUUCUGGAUCACAUAAAUAUGGGCCUCACUUGUAUAGUCUUGGUCGUGGAAAACUGUGGUUUGCUUAGGUUGGGUGCUAGAAAGUAUUGGGGAGAUGUUCAGAAUCUCUAUCAUGGCCAUAAAAGAUUAGGUGUUGGGUAUCGCAAUCCACUAGGAACUGUGGCCCGCCAAGCAGAUUUGUUUUUGAGCAGGUUGGUGAAGUCUAUGGUCACCAUCAUCUUGUGGAAGGCAUUUCGUUUGAAGUCUGCUGAAUACUCCGAUUGAAAGGUUAGCUGCGGAUGGCCAUUUGUUUCUAGGGAUUUCUCUGUGCUAGGUAGUGGCAAUUAUCACGAUGUGGGCUGUCUUUGAAUGCUUUUGUGGCAUUUUAGUAGUUUUCUACCAAAAUUGGAGGUUUGAAAUCUGAAAUUUGAAAUAUCUAUUACUUGGGUUUUGUGAGGACAUGAUUAGGGCCUGUUUGG